UAUGUCUGUUAACGCCGAUCUGAAGAAGGAGAGGGAAAAUGCGACAUUUGACGUAGAAAAGAUGACUUAUUUUAUUGAUGGUAGCCCCGAAAACACCAAAAGAAGACGUUAUAUUCAAAGAUUGGCUGUUAAAGAUCAUGAUGCCAUGAAGUUUAAGCCGUGGGCGUUCCGCACGCGCGAAGAGCAUUACGAAACAGUGGUCAGGAAGCAGGUUCAAGUGGCACGACUGAGUCAGCAGCUCGGACUUACUGCCCAGGAGAUUAACACUUAUGAGGAGACUUUCCAAGCCCGUGAGAACAACCGUAUUGGUCCCAGGAGUGGAAUGUUUCCCCCUACAAUAGAAAAGCAGGGAACAAAGGAGCAGAAGAAUGACAUUCUCCCACUCAUAAAAAACAUGACCAUUCUAGGAUGUUACGCUCAAACUGAAAUGGGACACGGUACUUUCGUCCGAGGGUUGGAAUCAACGGCGACGUAUGACCCGAAAACAAAGGAGUUUAUCCUGAACACGCCGACGAUAACAUCGAUGAAGUUUUGGCCUGGGAGUCUCGGGAAAAGUGUGAAUACAUGUGUGUUCCUGGCACAGCUGUAUACCCAAGGAAAGUGUCACGGGAUCCACGCAUUUUUAUUGCCUCUCAGAGACAUCGACUCUCAUAUAUCCCUCCCAGGUAUAGAAGUUGGUGAUAUUGGUCCAAAGAUAGGAUUCGAGGAAAACGACAAUGGCUAUUUGAGAGUUGACAAUGUGAGGAUACCGCGGAAUAAUAUGCUGAUGAGAUAUUCUAAGGUUUUAGAGGACGGCACAUAUGUCAAACCGAAAAACAGCAAGAUUACAUAUGGUACAAUGAUCCUGUCUCGCACUUUCUUGAUACGAUGGUCUGGUUUGUACCUAUCUCAGGCUUGUAUUAUAGCUGUCCGUUAUAGCAGCGUCCGUAGACAGACAGAGAUCCUCCCAGGAGGCCCGGAGGCACAGAUUCUGGACUACCAAACCCAGCAAACAAAGUUGUUUCCCCUUUUGGCCACAGCCUAUGCUUUCACCUUUGCAGCACGGGCCGUGGAGGAAACUUUCAACCGAAUCAACUCACAGAUAGAGCUUGGUAACCUGGACCAUCUUGCAGAGUUACAUGCCCUGUGUGCGGGUCUAAAGGCCUUUACUACGGAAAAUGCUGCAGCAGGCAUUGAAGUUUGUCGAAUGGCAUGUGGUGGCCAUGGUUACUCACACGCUAGUGGUCUACCAAAGAUCUAUACCACAACUUCCGCUCUGUGUACAGUAGAGGGAGAGAACACUGUCAUGAUGUUACAGAUGUCGAGAUUCCUGAUCAAGUCACACAGCCAAAUGAAAAGUGGAAAACAGUUACAAGGCUUUGUGUCAUACCUUGGCAACAGACAUCCAGCCAGGUCAUCAAUGCAAAACUACAUCACUUUGCAGUGUUUGCAGGAGGCGUACGAACAUAGGGCCGCCAGGUUGAUUGAAGAAACAGCAAAGACGCUGAAGCAGCAUGAGGCGGCUGGACUAAGCUCUGAGGAAGCUUGGAAUCUGACCUCCGCGCAGCUGACAUGGGCCGCGUCUUCCCAUUGUCAUGCCUAUGUUGUCAAGAUGUUUGUUUCCAUGGUAACCAUGGAUAACAUUGACAACGAUGUGAAAGCAGCACUAACGUCCCUGUGUAUGCUGUACGGCCUACAUGGAAUCCAUGAGAAGCUCGGAGAAUUCAUACAGGACGGAUUUUUCGACUCGGACCAAGUGGAUAGUCUGACUAGUACAAUGAUGACUCUAUUGUCUAAGAUCCGUCCAAACGCUGUUGCCAUGGUUGAUGCGUUUGACUUUCCCGACCUUCAACUUGGCAGCUGUCUAGGACGUUACGAUGGCAAUGUAUACCAGGCCCUGUACGAUUACGCAAAGGCGUCGCCAUUCAACAAAAAAGAUGUUUUGGACUCGUAUCACAAAUACCUUAAACCAAUGAGAGAAAUUAAUUCUAAAGGAGGAGUUUUCCAUGCGAAACUGUGAAUGUCAUUCGAGAAGUAUAAUAACUUCCUAGUUGAUUGAUAUGUAUUUCUACAAAGAAACUGCAUAUGACUGAAAUGUUGCCACACUAGUGCUUUUGUUGGUUAUCAUUGCAUCGCUAUUCCGAUAAGGGUCAGGGAGCAUAACAAAUUGAACAAGCGUGUGCUAUUCUGGAAUGAGUGGUAAAUGUUAACAAUUUGUGUUAUCCUGGAGCAACAAAAAGAAGGUUUAUGUCUUAAAUUACAGGCUAUUGCCGAGCUAAUGGUUAUAAUUGACAGUGUAAUACUUCACAAUAGAAUACCAGAGUCGUCUUCCUUGCCACGUGCUAAUAUGACUAGUGAUUACGAUAGCUAAAGGCAUCGAUGUUGUAGCUAUAAUACUCGAUAGUAUAUGUGAAAAGAACUCAAUGAACCAUUGAUUAUUAUCAAUAAGUCCAACCGUUGGUAACAUACGUCAAUCAACCUUUAAUUUACUGAUUAGCAAGCUUGCAGUCAUUAGUUUUUUUUUAUCUAUUUAUUGUAUUGUUGUGAUGCAUCCUUAAAUAAAUGAAUCACCCAAUCAAUUUGUCGUCUCAUUCGCACAAGAUCGCAAAUCCAUCUCAAACUAUUGGCUUAAUAUUAUUUUUAUUGCUAUAUUUUGAUUAUAUUUUUUCGUAGGAACUAUGAAUGAACCUUGCAUAUGGAGGGUUCUUGUACAUGCAAUGUAAAGCGAUAUGGCCAUCUUAGACCUCGGGCGCACGCAUCGAAAUGUAACCGUCUUAUAGACGAAUAUCUUUCUUCAGAUCCUGUAAAAGUAUGGGCGAUUAAACAAACGUUUUAUAUGUUGUGUCCUGUUCGCUACAUACAUCGUUGAAUGAUUUUGUUUUUCAUUUAUCAAUAAAUCAUCAUUUAUUU